AACAUCUCUAAUUGUGUGAAACGCCGCUAGACGGAAACUUGCAAAUCAUUUCGGGUUGCUUUUCGUCUUGGAAAUUUAUAAAAGCUAAAAAAAAAAUGAAUAGUUUUGGCAUAGAACAAUUCCCGGAUUAUAAAGUGCCCGGAGUGCAGCAUGUGGAUUUUUCUCCCUACGAGUCCAACGGCGGCUCCAUCGUUGCCAUCGCUGGAGAUGACUUUGUGGUUAUUGCCGCUGAUACACGACUGAGCAGUGGUUACAGCAUCCACUCUCGUGACCAGAGUAAACUUUUCGAAAUGUCAUCAAAAACGGUUUUGGGCUCCACUGGCUGCUGGUGCGACACCCUUUCGCUGACUGGGCUGGUUAAAGUGCGAAUGCAAAUGUAUGAGCAUACCCACAUGAAGACAAUGACGACUGAUGCAGUGGCACAAAUGCUUUCUAUUGUCAUGUAUAACCGCCGCUUCUUCCCCUAUUAUGUGUCCAACAUCUUGGCUGGUCUGGACAAGGAUGGUAAGGGCGCUGUCUAUUCAUACGAUCCCAUUGGUCAUUGUGAACGUGCGACUUAUCGUGCCGGUGGCACUGCUGGAGCUCUGUUGCAGCCAGUGUUGGACAACCAGAUUGGUUACAAGAAUCAAAACUUGUCCGCUGAUCAGUUGCCGCCACUUACUAAGGAACGUGCAGUUGCAGUUGCGUCUGAUACAUUCAUAUCGGCCGCUGAACGUGAUAUAUAUACUGGCGACUCGGUGCUGAUAAAUAUCAUUACUGCUGACGGAAUUGAGGAACGAAAGCUCCAAUUGCGCAAGGAUUGAAAAUGCUAAGGUCAAGGGUAACAAAAAAAACUGCAUUCACAUAUUACGUUCGACUUAAAUUUGUUGUAACUCUAUAAAUAAAACAAAAAUCUACAAGA